CAAGAAUAUCUGCAGUACAAUAAAUCCAGCUAAAAGCACCUUGUACCUUGUCUGGCAAUACCUCACAAAGGUCCAAUCCAACGUUGCACAAGCCCUGACAUGAGUCUGCCCCCUGUCCGACCUCCUUUGCGCUGCCUGCCCUCCUUAUCCUGCCCUGCCGAGUCCUGUCCUGCCCUGUUUGGACUUACUUUUUGCGCUGUGAUACGGCAGACCCAGACUGGCGGAUCGCGGAAGAUUUUCGACCCACUCGCCCAAGAAAUACCACCCAGAAGAAAAUACUGCAGUUGUUCUUCUUGUUCACCUACAACGCGCUUUUCCAAACAGGGUAAUUUUGCGCGUAUUCAAGAUAGCCUGACACUCCUUUUACAUGCACGUGAGAUUUUCAAUACUCUCCUUUUAAUCUCAUUUUUCGUUUCUCAAGCUUUGUACUGCCACACACAUCUAGCCACCUAGGUAGGUACCUCUUUGCCUACCUAGUCAUUUCACAUCAUACCGGUUGGCGGCGAGACCACGGCGAAAUUGACUGUGUACAAUGCGUCCUGAAUUUGCAUAUUUCCCUGCCUUACGUACAUACCCACCAACCAGCUUAUAGGCAACCGCCAAAAAAAAAAAAAAAAAAAAAAAAAAAAAAAGAAA